UGAAAAUACAGAAUAUAUAGGUUUUAUCAGGACUUAAAGGAACUAUCAGGUUCUCCAGGUUCUCCAGGUUCUCCGGGACGAUGGACCCGCAGCGUCUGUCCUCCGUCUCCCAGCAGCAGGUCCGUCUCAGGAUAAAGAGGACAAAGAGAGAAUGGAGACCUCUGGAGGACCGGAGCUGCACAGACCUGCCCUGGUUCCUGCUCUUCACCGUCUUCUGCGUCGGCAUGGGCAGCAUCUGCGGCUUCACCAUCGCCACCGGAGGCGCCGCUCGCCUCGUCUUCGGCUACGACAGCUACGGGAACACAUGUGGUCAACGCAACGAGCCGAUCGAGGGCGUGAGGCUGAGCGGCCUGGACCACAGCGACAGGAAGUUCGUGUUCUUCUUGGACCCGUGUAACAUCGACAUCGUUCAGAGGAAGAUCCGCUCCCUGGCUCUCUGUGUGUCUCUGUGCCCCCCCGAGAAGAUGGAGACCUACCAGGACCUGAAGAGGUUCGCCAUGCUCAACGGUUCUGAGUUGUGUUCCUAUGAGUUAGCGGGUCAUAAAUAUCCAGGUCUCCCUGAGAGGUUCUCCAGAUGUCCCAAACUUCCUGUUCCACCCAGUAAGCCCCUCCCGGUGUUUAACCGCUGCACCCCGGUGGAUAUCUCCUGCUAUGCUAAGUUCUCGGAGGCGGUGGUGACGUUCGUCGGGGAUCACAGCGUUCUGCAUCGUCUGAUCGCAGGGGUCGCCGCCAGCAAAGAGAUCAUCAUCGGGCUGUGUGUGCUGGCCCUGAUCCUCUCCAUGAUCCUGAUGCUCAUCAUCCGCUACAUCUCUGCGCUGCUCGUCUGGAUCCUCACCUCUCUGGUGGUGCUGGGGUCUCUGGCGGGGACCAGCGUCCUCUGGUGGCUCUACAUCGAUCACCGUCUCUAUGGAAACGCCACCAGCAGUCGCCUGAGGGAGGAGCUUAGAGAGGAGGGGGCAGAACUUAGAGCGGAGGGGGCGGAGCUUAGGGACAGCGGGCAGGCGCUGCUCGUCUACGCCGCCGCCGCCACCGUCUUCACCAUCAUCCUGCUGCUGCUCAUGCUGUUCAUGAGGAAGCGGGUGGCGCUCACCAUCGCUCUGUUCCACGUGGCGGGGAAGGUGUUCCUGCACCUGCCGCUGCUCGCCCUGCAGCCGUGCCUCACCUUCCUGGCCCUGCUGCUCUUCUGGAGCUACUGGGUCCUGGUGCUGCUCUUCCUGGGCACCAGCGGUAACCCUGAGCAGAACGAGGACACCACGCUGACAGAGUUCCGGCUCACGGGCCCUCUGCAGUACCUCACCUGGUACCACGCUGUGGGCCUGGUCUGGAUCACAGAGUUCAUCCUCGCCUGCCAGCAGAUGACUGUGGCCGGAGCCGUCGUCACCUACUACUUCACCAGGGAUAAGAACCGCCUCCCGGUGGCGCCCAUCCUGUCGUCGGUCCUCCGGUUGGUCCGGUAUCACCUGGGGACCGUCGCUAAGGGAGCCUUCAUCAUCACGCUGGUGAAGAUCCCCCGCCUCUUCCUCAUGUACAUCCACAACCAGCUGAGAGGAAAGGAGAAUGCGUGUGCGCGCUGCCUGCUGAAAACCUGUAUCUGCUGUCUGUGGUGUCUAGAGAAGUGCCUCAACUAUCUCAAUCAGAAUGCAUAUGCAGCCACAGCCAUCAACAGCACCAGUUUCUGCACGUCUGCGCGCGACGCCUUCGUGAUCCUGGUGGAGAACGCGCUGCGCGUCGCAACAAUCAACGCCAUCGGAGACUUCGUGCUCUUCCUGGGGAAGGUGCUGAUCGUCACCUGCACGGCGUUCUGCGGCGUCCUGCUGCUGAACGCUCAGCGGAGUUACGCCGAGUGGCUGCUGCCGCUCGUCAUCGUGUGUCUCUUCUCCUUCCUGGUGGCGCACUGCUUCCUGUCGGUGUUUGAGAUCGUGGUUGACGUCCUGUUCCUCUGCUUCGCCAUCGACACCAAGUACAACGACGGCACGCCGGGCCGCGAGUUCUUCAUGGACAAGGCUCUGAUGGAGUUCGUGGAGAGCAGCCGGCGGUUGGAGCGAGUGGCUAAAAGUGGGCGGAGCCGCGUGAAGGAGGCGGUGUCGGGGGGGGCGGAGAUGAAGCCCAUGGUGAGUGACAGCCCGUCAGAGGAGGAGGAGGAGGGGGAGGAGGGGGAGGGGGGGGAGUGGGAGGAGCUACAGGAGGUCCAGGUGUAUUACCUGCUGCUGGGGGUGCUGCUGGAUUGGCUGCUGACGGAGCGCAGCCACUUCCUGUAUUGCCUCAGCGAGGACGUCCUGCUGUUCCUCUCUGUCUACCUGCCCACCUCCAGCCUCUUCCUAUUGGCCAGCCUACUGCUCGCCCCGCCCCCUCACCAAGGCAGCCACGCCGCGAGCUAACAACCGCUAACAACGGCUAAGACACACGUGCUAACUAAUGCAUGCUAAGGGACACAUGCUAACAAUGCAUGCUAAGGGCCAC